GUCACGCUCUGAGGGAGAGCCUCUCCUCAGGGCGCAUAACGUGUUUGCUGGAGCAGUCAGUCAUCGUUCAGUGCUGCGCCGAUUGUCAGAUGUUUUGUUUAGUCUUUUUAUCAUUUUAAUGGCGAUAAAGCAGCGGUGUGGAUAAUUCGCGCUUCAUGAUGGCAGAAUAGACGCCCUGAGAGACGCUUUGUGUUCGUCUGCUGCUUAAGCCGAUCAAGAGAAGGAAAAUCAUCUAUAUUUAUCCCGUGCGUCCUGAACGGGAUCAUGUCUGGGGGACAUGAUGAGAGCUCAGUGCGCGUGGCUGUCAGGAUUCGUCCACAGUUGGCAAAGGAAAAGAUAGAGGGAUGCCACAUCUGCACCUUUGUGACCCCUGGGGAGCCCCAGGUGCUGCUAGGAAAGGACAAAGCCUUCACAUUUGAUUAUGUUUUAGACAUGGACUCGCAGCAGGAUGUCAUCUACAGCAACUGCACUGAGAAACUUAUCGAAGGAUGCUUUGAAGGAUAUAAUGCCACUAUUUUUGCAUAUGGACAGACUGGUUCGGGGAAGACAUACACCAUGGGAACGGGUUUUGAUGUGAACAUCGGCGAUGAAGAGUUGGGAAUCAUCCCGCGGGCAGUCAGCCACCUCUUCAGGGGCAUAGAGGAGCGCAAGCAGGCCGCAGCAGAGCUGGGACGUCCUGUACCUGAAUUUAAGAUCAACGCUCAAUUCUUAGAGUUAUACAAUGAAGACGUGCUGGAUCUGUUUGAUUCCACUCGAGAUAUGGAGGCCCGGAAGCAGAGGUCCAACAUUAAGAUCCAUGAGGAUGCCAACGGAGGGAUUUACACUGUGGGAGUCACCACACGAACCGUUAGCUCCGAAGCUGAGAUGAUGCAGUGUCUCAGACUUGGUGCUCUCUCCCGCACCACUGCCAGCACUCAGAUGAACGUUCAGAGCUCACGCUCACAUGCCAUCUUCACCAUCCAUCUGUGCCAAGUUCGCGUCUGUGCCUCAGACAAUGACGUAGAGACGGACAACAGGUUGGUGAACGGAUCCUCAGACAUGAAUGAGUUUGAGACGCUCACGGCUAAGUUUCACUUCGUUGAUUUAGCCGGCUCUGAACGACUAAAGAGAACAGGGGCCACAGGGGACAGGGCCAAAGAGGGCAUCUCAAUCAACUGUGGACUGUUAGCUCUGGGCAACGUGAUCAGCGCCUUGGGUGACAGGAGCAAGCGUUCCACACACGUGCCUUACCGUGACUCCAAACUCACCCGCCUGCUCCAAGACUCCCUGGGAGGAAACAGUCAGACGGUGAUGAUUGCCUGCAUCAGCCCGUCAGACAGAGACUUCAUGGAGACCCUGAACACGCUGAAAUAUGCUAAUCGUGCUCGCAACAUCAAAAACAAAGUGAUGGUGAACCAGGACCGGGCCAGCCAGCAGAUCAGCGCUCUGAGAACAGAGAUCGCCCGGCUACAGAUGGAGCUCAUGGAGUACAAGACGGGAAAGCGUAUGGUUGGCCAAGACGGAUUAGAAAGCAUAAAUGACGUCGUUCAUGAGAACUCGAUGCUGCAGACGGAAAACAACAAUCUGCGUGUGCGAGUAAAAGCCAUGCAGGAAACCAUCGAUGCCCAGCGAGCCAGACUCACUCAGCUCCUGAGCGACCAGGCUAACCAGACCCUCGCUAAAGCAGGUGAGGGCAGUGAAGAGAUCGGAAACAUGAUCCACAAUUACAUCAAAGAGAUCGAGGAGCUCAGAGCAAAGCUUUUGGAGAGUGAAGCUGUGAAUGAAAACCUAAGGAAGAACUUGUCCCGCGCCUCCACACGUUCUCCGUUCUACGCCGGAUCUGCCCUCUCCCACGCCUCUCUUGCACCCGAGAAAGAAGCCACGGAUAUCAUUGAAAUCGCAAAGAAAGACCUGGAAAAGCUGAAGAAAAAGGAGAAAAAGAAAAAAAAGAGACUCCAGCAGAUGGAUGAAGUCACUCACGAGGAUCUUGAGCUUGUCAGUGUCGUUAAGGAGGAGGGGCCAGAUAAUGAGCAGGACAAGGAGCCCUCCGAGAGAGCCAACGAGGAGCAAGAGGCGGAUGGAAGUGAUCAUGAUGAAAUCGAGGAGGCAGAUGGAGAUGAAGAGGAGGAUGAGAUGGAGGUGGAGAGCUCCGAUGAAUCAGACUCCGAGUUGGAGGAAAAAGAGGACUUCCAGGCAGAUCUGGCCAACAUCACGUGUGAGAUCGCCAUCAAGCAGCGACUGAUAGAUGAGCUUGAGAACAGUCAGAGACGCCUGCACACGCUCAAACAACAAUACGAACAGAAACUCAUGAUGCUGCAGAGCAAAAUCAGAGACACGCAGCUGGAGAGGGACCGUGUACUGCAAAACAUGGGCUCAGUAGAAUCGUGUACGGAGGAGAAAGCAAAGAAGAUAAAAUCAGAAUACGAGAGGAAAUUGAACUCAAUGAACAAGGAGCUGCAGAAACUGCAGUCGGCACAGAAGGAGCAUGCGCGCCUGCUGAAGAACCAAUCACAGUAUGAGAAACAGCUGAGGAAACUGCAGCAGGAAGUGACCGAGAUGAAGAACACCAAAGUGGGUCUGAUGAAGCAGAUGAAGGAGCAACAGGAGAGGAACCGCGCCUCAGAAACCCGCCGUAACCGAGAGAUCGCCACACUAAAGAAAGACCAGCGCAAACAGGAGCACCAGCUGAAGCAGCUUGAGGCACAAAAGAGACAACAGGAGCUUAUUUUGCGCAGGAGGGCAGAGGAGAUAACCGCCCUGAGGCGACAGGUGCGGCCCGUAUCCGGCAAGGUUAACCGUAAGAUCAGUUUACCAGAAUCAUUACAGGAGUCAUCACCCCGUGCGGCUCCUCUGCGACCGCAAACCGCAGGGGCCGCUGCAUCUAAUGGAACAAGAAAAUACCUGAUGAGAAAAGGAGGUGUAUACUCUGCAAGGAUGGCACGGGCCAAAUGGCAGUCACUGGAGCGUCGUAUUAGUGACAUCAUCAUGCAGAGGUUGACCAUUUCCAACAUGGAGACUGAUAUGAAUCGAUUGCUUAAGCAACGUGAGGAGCUGACCAAGCGCAAGGAGAAGGUGAUGAGGAAGAAGGACAAGAUUGCGAGCGAAGACAUGGAUGCCGACAGGACCGUCCUCUCUCUAUCUGAAGAGAUCGAGUCGCUGACUGCUAACAUAGACUACAUCAACGACAGCAUCGCUGAGUGCCAGGCCAACAUCAUGCAGAUGGAAGAGGCCAAGGAAGAAGGAGAUACAGUGGACGUUUCUGCUGUGAUCAGCUCAUGUACGCUAUCAGAGGCUCGUGUCUUGCUCGACCACUUUCUGUCUAUGGCCAUCAAUAAGGGCUUACAAGCUGCACAGAAAGAGUCUCAAAUCAAAGUAAUGGAGGGCCGUUUGAAGCAGACGGAGAUCAACAGCGCCACUCAGAACCAGCUGCUCUUCCACAUGCUGAAGGAGAAAGCCGAACUUAACCCGGAGCUGGACGCUUUGCUCGGAAACGCUCUUCAAGAACUAGGUAACGUGCCGUCGGAGAACGGUGAUGAAAGCAGCAGUGAUGAAUCAUCUCAGACACAGACUACAGAGAAAAGUUGUUUGGCUUCAGAUCUGAUGAAGCUUUGUGGAGACACAAAAGUCAGGAAUAAGGCUCGUAGAAGAACAACAACUCAAAUGGAGCUGCUGUACGCCAACACUGGAGACCCUGAUGUCCCACCAGAGGAUUUUUCUGCCUCUCUGCUUCCUGUAGUGGGGAGUCCGGAAAGUCAUAAGGACCCUGCAGUCCACUUAAAAGACAGAGAUGCAAUAAGCUUAAUAUCAAAGUCAAAUUCUCUUGCCAGAUCUCCUACGGCAACAGAAAGAAAGUCUCUGGAUCGUUCACCUGUCACCCGAAGGAGAGCUCAGGAGAAAAGCCAAAACCCUGCAGACAGAACCAGAACCAUGGACAAACAAAGUGCGAUAAACCCAGUUCAAGCAGUCCGAUCCAGUCGAGCAGCCAAACUGCAGUGCGUGCACGUGGCCGAGGGUCAUACUAAAGCCCUGCUGUGCGUGGACUCGACUGAUGAUCUACUCUUCACUGGUUCAAAGGAUCACACAUGUAAAGUCUGGAACCUAGUAACCGGUCAGGAGAUCAUGUCUCUUGGAGAUCAUCCCAGCAGUGUGGUGUCAGUCAGAUACUGUUCUAGCCUGGUCUUCAGCGUCUCCACUGCCUACAUCAAAGUGUGGGACAUCCGGGACUCUGCCAAAUGCAUUCGCACCCUCACUUCUUCUGGACAGGUGUCUCAGGGUGACGCAUGUUCUGCUACGGGCAGCAGUUCUGCUGGCAUCCCACCAGGAGAAAACCAAAUCAACCAGAUCGCCUUGAAUCCCUCUGGAACGUUCCUGUAUGCUGCAUCAGGCAACACAGUCAGAAUGUGGGACUUAAGGAGGUUUGUAUCCACGGGGAAACUAACUGGACAUCUCGCACCAGUAAUGUGCCUUACAGUAGACCAAUUUGGAAAGGGUCAGGAUAUGGUCAUCACAGGCUCAAAAGAUCAUGCGGUGAAGGUGUUUGACGUGGUGGAAGGUGCUCAGGGGAGCAUCGGUGCCACACACCACUUUGAUUCAGCCCAUCAGGACGGUCUGGAGGCUUUGGCUAUACAGAGAGAUUCUCUGUAUACUGCUGCCAGAGACUGCUGCAUUAAGAAAUGGGAUUUGGCCAGCAAACAGCUGCAAGAGCAGGCAGAGCGGGCUCAUUUUGAUCUGGUCAGCAGUCUGGCCGUAGUGCCGAACUCCAGCGCUGUUAUGAGCAGUUGUAGGGCUGGACUGCUUAAGUUCUGGCACUCGGACAAUCUCAGAGCUCUGGGAGAAAUAAAGGCUCACGACAGCGCCAUCAACGACAUCUGCACCAACAGCAGUCACCUCUUCACCGCCUCAGAUGACCGGACAGUGAAGAUCUGGCAGGUCAAAGGAUCUUUAGAGGAUGGCCUUCAGUGACCAUACUGUGACACCUUUGAAGAACUAGAAAUUCGCAAGGUUUUUGGCUUCCUCUUCUCAUUCCUGUUUGGAAGCUUGUAUCAGCUCCAGAUAGCUUGCUGUUAUAACUGCUGUAUAUUUCCUAAAGUACGGGAUGUGUUUAAAAUCAUAUUUAGGCUUUAGGUGUUGCUGACCAUAAUCUGAGAUUUUGUAGGUCAAUGUGUGUGUGUGUUUAAGUGGCACAGUCCUAAAGCUGGGCUUUGGGCAUCAUAGACUGCCAUACGAGCAGUGCAUUUGAAAAGCACACGUGUUUGUGAAUGUGAGAACUGAUUCUAAGUUAUUCAAUAAUGUUGAUGUCACUUAUUUUCAAAGUUACUGUUUUGUGUGAAUCUUUACAAUGAAAUGAUGCAACUAUACCGUAGUCUUUUCUGCACUGGAAUGGUGCGAAGAAAUUUGCACCAGCGACUCUGUCCACUUUGUGUUUUACUUUUUUAUAAAGCCUCAAAUGUACAUCUUUUCGGUUCAGACCUUUGCUGUACAAUAAUAAUUUUGAUGUACUGUAGUUGUUAUCAAUGUCAGAUGCAGUGUAAAAUAAACUACAUCUGUCAAAAUCA